AUGAUUGGUUCAGCGAAUGAUAUAUACACUGAAGUGAAUUACAUGAAGAAAGCACCUGAAGCUUCCAGAUCUAAUAACAGAACAGCACGUCAAUCAGGUUAUGCUGAGGUGAACCCCGUAGCAAAUGUACACUGCGAAGGUUGUUGCAUUCCGGGGCCACCAGGCCCACCGGGUCCUGCAGGCAAGCCAGGAAAAUCUGGAAGACCAGGCGUACCUGGAAAUCCUGGAAUGCCAGGCAAACCACCAACUGCUCCCUGCGAACCUAUGACACCCCCUCCGUGUAAACCAUGUCCCCAAGGACCACCUGGACCGCCAGGGCCACCAGGAGCACCGGGAGAUCCUGGAGAUGCUGGGACACCCGGCCGGCCAGGUAUGGAUGCAAGUCCAGGAAGUCCCGGCCCACGGGGUCCUCCAGGACCACAAGGUGAACAAGGACCACCAGGGCCGCCUGGUGAGCCUGGCAUUCCAGCACAGAGUGAACCACUUACACCAGGGGAGCCAGGUGAACCCGGUGAUCCUGGACCACCCGGUCCGCCAGGACCACCUGGAGCACCAGGUGCAGAUGGAGCCCCUGGUCCAGCAGGACCAAAAGGAUCUCCAGGCCCAGAUGGACCACCAGGUGUUGAUGGGCAACCUGGACCUCCCGGACCAGCUGGACCUCCAGGAACACCAGGAGAAAAAGGCAUUUGUCCUAAAUAUUGCGCUAUUGAUGGUGGUGUUUUCUUUGAAGAUGGUACCAGGAGAUGA